AUGAGUCCAGCCCUUCUGGACCGACCGGUUCAACUACGGCAUGAUGAUGACGUUGAAGGCGAUCUCGACGAUGAGGAUGCUUCUAUCCAGGACCACAGCGAGGAAGACCAGUCCGUGGUCAGCGCUUCUGCCACGAGCGGAUCAGAAUCUAUCGACGAGGAGAAUGAGUCGGAGUCGGAGCCCGAAGAAGGACUCGCGCUGAACGACAUCAGCUUUGGGGCGUUGGCUAAAGCCCAAGAAACCUUCAACCAACGGCACCGGAAAAGGAAGUUUGAGGAGGCUGCCGAAGACGCAACGCCUGGGACAAGAAAGAAUGAAGAGGACAGCUUUGAUACACGAAAAAGAUCCAAAGAAGCCCGAAUCGACGCACCAAAACGAUCUUCCAAACAUGCGCCCGUGAUUGAAUCUGCCAGGAAGCCAGUGUCGCGGAAAAGAACGAUUUUCGAGCCUCCUGCAGCACAGAAGUUCCGAGAUCCCCGGUUUGAUCCUACAGUCAUGUCGGCGAACAGAGACAGGAAUGCUACUGAAAAGGCGAACAAGAAUUAUGCUUUCUUGACGCAGUAUCAAGCAGCAGAGAUAUUGGAUUUAAAGACACAGAUCAAGAAGGCCAAAGACGCAAAUGUUGUAGCCGAGCUUAAACGAAAAGUCAUGUCUUUGGAAUCCAAGGUGCGCAACGCCGAGAUGCGACAGAAAGACGAAGAUAUCAAGAGAAGGCAUAACCAGCAGGAGAAAGAAGCUCUUCGUACGGGACAGAAAGCCAAACCGUACUACUUGAAAGAAGCCGAUGUUAGAAAAAUAGCUAAAGAAGAGCGUCUGCAAAGCCUGGGCAAACGGGCUAGAGACAAAGCCGAGAAGAGAAGACAAAAACGUGAAAAGGGCAAAGAUGCAAGGGAUAUGCCACGAUUUAGGCGUGAAGGAUGA